AUGUUAGCUGCAUCAGAUCCUAGAAGACCCAAUAAACUUCGGAGAUUUGUCCCGUUGUCACAGGACACCCCUCCACUUGAUCAAACUAUCGAUUAUCUUAAUUUUUUCGGGAUAGUCUUAAGCAUGUGUGGACUGCUGUUCGAAAUGAAGUUUGCUGCUUGGCUGGCCGUUGCUUGUGCUUUCAUAACGUAUUCCAACUCACGAACGGGGGAGGACACAAAGCAACUAAUCAGUGGUUUUAUGUUGUCCAUUAGUGCACUUAUAAUAUUCAACAAACGUGUUAUAUAUGUUGGGGGACUAUCAGAGCAAGUUGAUGUACCGCUUGUUCGUGCAGCAUUCAUACCUUUUGGAGACAUAGUUAGUAUCAAUAUGCCUAUGGACUAUCAAACCGAAAAACAUAGAGGAUUCGCUUUUGUUGAAUUUGAAGAAGUGGAAGACGCUAUGAGUGCCAUUGAUAAUAUGAAUGAAAGUGAGAUAUUUGGGCGUACUAUUCGUGUUAAUGUGGCGAGACCAGUACGCAUACGAGAAGGUUGGAGUCGACCAGUUUGGUCGGAUGAGAAUUGGCUAAAGAAAUAUGGCAGUGCUCCGUUGGAAGUCAGAAAAUUGGAUGAACCUGAUAUCGUCAAUCCAUCAGAUUCAACAGAAAAUGCUGAAGACUUGAGUGACGAAGAAACACGGACCAAAAAACAGAAACGAAAUCUUCCCAGGGUAUUCUUCGAUAUUAGAAUCGGAAAUGGAGAUGCUGGUCGUAUAGUGAUGGAGCUUCGGUCAGAUAUUGUCCCGAGAACUGCUGAAAACUUCCGUGCUUUGUGUACAGGAGAACGUGGAUUCGGUUAUCACAAUUGUUGUUUCCAUCGAGUUAUACCUCAAUUCAUGUGUCAAGGAGGUGACUUUGUAAAGGGAGAUGGAACCGGUGGUAAAUCAAUAUAUGGACGUAAAUUCGAUGAUGAAAACUUUCAACUACGACAUGAAGGCUUUGGUGUACUCUCCAUGGCGAAUUCCGGACCCAAUACAAACGGAUCUCAGUUCUUUAUCUGCACAACAAAAUGUGAUUGGCUUGAUGGGAAACAUGUCGUUUUUGGCCGAGUAGUGGAUGGACAAAAUGUCGUAAAAAAGAUGGAGUCCGUCGGAUCAAAAUCUGGUAAGGUCAAAGAACCCGUCAUCAUUUCUCGGUGUGGAGAAUUAAUCUAG